AUGGAUUGUACCAGGUACUACUCAAUGUACAUACAUGUGGUGAAACUAGCACAUGGGAUUAGGAACGGUGCUGCUUCGGUUGAUGGUGUCGAUGCCAAACUCCGGCAGGUAGUACCAGAGACGAUCCAAGAAGAUGUGAUCUUUAAAAUGAGUGCACCACCAAAGAGUGAUGCUCCUCUUAUCACCUCCAACGACCUUGCUGAGGCUGAUGGGUUUGUCUUUGGCUUCCCAACAACGUUCGGUAUGAUGGAAUUCAAGCUCAUGCUUGACCAGCUUGUGGUCCAAUCCGGCCCUGUUGGUGGCCUCUGGAGAACUCCACAACUUGCUGGUAAGUCAGCCAGAAUCUUCUACAGCUAG